GUCCAUAUUUUCACUUUUUGGUGUUUUGCUUACGGUAAGUAAUAUUUUCUUUCUUCCAAGUUGCUUCCAUCACAUUCAAUCAACUUGAUCGGAAUUACAUAACGUAUCGUCUCCUCACAAAAACAACAUGGCCACCACGUGUAGACGAUUUUUUAAACAAUUUUAUUUUUCUCGCUCAAAUUUAACCCUUCUCUCAACUUCAAAUUACAGAACUCGCGAAAAAAAUGCAAGAAUAUCGUUAUCAACACAUGCUGACCCACUUGUGAGUAAAUUGCAUGCAUAUAUUUAAAUAUUUUAGGCGCAAAAUAUGGACAUUUGUCAUAUGCGUGAUGCGUCAAGUUUUAGGAUAAGACAUUCGGCAUUGAGUUGCGUGUAGAGCCCUAUACAGCGACGUUCAUAGCAGUGUAGUAGCUAAACAAGAUACCAACUCUUAACCCUAACCCCCAACCAAUCCAAUUCCAAUGUGUUUACAGGGGCUAAGAGGUAGUGAAGGUCAUUCACAGCCACAGAUGAAAACCAGAGAAGAAAGAAUGUUCCGAGGUUUACCUAAAAGAAAACCCAUCGAAGGAGUAAAAGAUAUUGUGGUUGUUGCUUCUGGCAAGGGUGGUGUUGGCAAGUCAACCUGUGCUGGUUAGUACAGAGGAAAUAUCCCACUUGAAACAAAUUAGUUGGUCUUGGGACCUAUCACUGUCUUGAUUGUUAUUAAACCACCAUUAUUAUCAUCACCACCACCAUCAUCAUCACCAUCAUCAUCUUCACUACCACCAUCAUCAUCAUCACCAUCAUGAUCACCAUCAUCACCACCACCUUAUCACCAUCAUCACCACCACCAUCAUCACCAUCACCACUAUGAUCAUCACCAUCAUCAUCAUUACCAUCAUCAUCACCAUCAUUAUCAUCAUCAUAACCACCAAUAUCAUUACCACCACCACCUUUACUAUCUCACCACCAGGAUCAUCACCAACCAUUACAGUCGAUUUCACGAAACUUUGACCACAAAUUCUCCGAACUUUGUUGCGAAGUUCACAAGAUUGUUGCGAAGUUCAAAAGUUCAUAAUGAGAUUCACAAACCAGUUCGUAAGCUACUCAUUUGAUUGGCUUCUUCCAAUCGACCAAUCAGGGACUUUGUUUACAAAUUGGCUUGUGAAUUCCAAUAUGAGCUUCCGAACUUCGCAACGAACUUGCGAACUUCACAACGAAGUUCCGAACAUUUGUGGUCAAAGUUUCGUAAAAUCGACUGUAAUAGCACCACUGUCUUAUAUUUUAGUCAAUCUGGCUUUAGGACUAGCAGCUAUAAAUAAGGUACAGUAAGUAAUUAUGUUAUAUAUUAAUUAACUUUUUUACUAUAUAUACAUCCAUCAUAUUAAUCACAUUAUAGUACUGUAUCUCUGUCUUCCAGAGCAAAAGUGUUGGUCUACUUGAUGCUGAUAUUUAUGGACCAUCAAUUCCAAAAAUGAUGAACCUCUCAGGAAAUCCAGAGCUUAAUCAAGGUUGCUUAUAAAAAAUUGUUUUGUAGAAUGUACUGUAUUUACUCUUUCUAUUGUUUGCCAAUUGUUGUUUUUUGUUUUUAGACAACAAGAUGGAACCUUUGAAAAAUUAUGGAAUUUCAUGGUGAGAGACAAGUUAGCUCUAUUAAUCAUGCUUUAUUCUUUACAGAGAAAAAAGUUUGCAAGCCAGUCAUGUUGACUGGUCAUUUCUCAUGACCAACGUCAAAGCAUUGAUUAAUUUUGUUCUCUUUUCAUGUUUAGCAUGUCAAUGGGAUUUUUAGUUGAUGAAAAAUCUCCAAUAGUUUGGCGAGGAUUAAUGGUGAUGUCUGCGCUGGAGAAAUUACUGAGACAGGUGAACUGGGGGACAUUGGAUCUCCUUGUUGUGGAUAUGCCUCCUGGAACAGGGGAUACACAGCUCUCUGUAUCCCAAACUGUUCCUCUAUCAGGUACAUAUUGAGAUUUGCAUAAAUGUAGUACUUUAUGGUCAUUACCAUAAAGUACUACAUUUAUGCAAAUCUCAAUAUGUACCUGAUAAAGUGCCUCAUCAGUUCACUCAAAGUUAUCUAUGGGAUGUUUCACAUUUCUUUUUACUUCAGGUGCUGUCAUUGUUACAACACCUCAGGACAUUGCUCUUUUGGAUGCACGAAAGGGUGCCGAGAUGUUCCGAAAGGUCCACGUCCCUGUACGUAACACCAAGUGAUCAAAUGUGAAACUGAACCUCUAGGGAGAACAGUUUAGAACUGAUAGAGCUAUCCAGUAUAAAUAAAGUUAGUUUAGGUUUCUUCCUAUAGUAACACUGGAUCAAUAAGAGAUGAUCCUUACUGGACCUUUAGGAAGAACAGUUUAGAACUGAUAGAGCUAUCCAGUAUAAAUAAAGUUAGUUUAGGUUUCCUCCUUUUGUAACACUGGAUCAAGAAGAGAUGAUCCUUACUGGACCUUUAGGAAGAACAGUUUAGAACUGAUAGAGGUAUCCAGUGUAAAUAAAUUUAGUUUAGGUUUCCUCCUGUAGUAACACUGGAUCAAUAAGAGAUGAUCCUUACUGGACCUCUAGGAAGAACAGUUUAGAACUGAUAGAGCUAUCUAGUGUAAAUAAAGUUAGUUUGGUUUGCGUUUUCUACUUACAUAGUUUUCUUUGCGUUUUGACCUCUAGGGAGAACAGUUUAGAACUGGUAGAAAAAUCUGCUACUAAUAAAGUUACAGUAGUCUGGCAAUAUUGCUUUUCUUGUCCAGGUACUGGGUGUUAUUGAGAACAUGAGUCACUAUGUCUGUCCUAAAUGUAACCAUAAAGAAUUCAUAUUUGGUGAAAAUGGCGGAAAGACUAUAGCUGAAGAUAUGAACUUAGAAGUACUAGGUAUCAUUGUUGGCGGAAAGACUAUAGCUGAAGAUAUGAACUUAGAAGUACUAGGUAUCAUUGUUAGUCCGUUUCGUAAAAUAUAUCUGUGGGAUAAGAGGUGCUGGACGCACAGUGAUUAGUGCAAGCGCCCAAAUUCACCUCUGUCACCGUGGUCUGAUUUCCGCAAUGGAGACCUUAAGUAAAAAAGAUUGACAUUUUCGAAUCGUAUUUUGAGGUCAACUGUUGGCUGUUAAAAUUGAAGCCUGGAUUAGUUACUUGGCUGUCGAAAACCUGUAGAACUUUACCUUCAAAUGCGACUUGAAGUUUGCCAUUUGCUGUUUUAUCUAAAUGUCAAUCGUAAGUUGUCUGAUUAUAAUUUCACCUCAGUCGCAUGUGAGAAGAGUGCUUCCAGUUUGACACCUUGACUCUGCAAAACAUCACAGAUUUCGUCAGGUACUCCGGUUUGCUAUAAUAGCACUAACCAACGAGGGAUAAAUAAUCCUCUUCUACCUGUACUACCGUGACUCAAUUCAGUCUUUAUCAUGUCUCUGCUGUAGGAAACAUACCUCUUCAUAUAUCCAUUCGUGAAACAUCAGAUACGGGCACUCCAGUAACAGUCUGCCGCCCAAGUAGUCCUGAGGUACAGUAUAUAUACACAUUGAGAAAGGCUUCGGCUUGGUAGGAAUAUAACUACUUGAAAAACACAAGGAGAACUUUGACGUUUCGAGCGAAGGCCCUUAAUUGUCGGGAAGUUAGUUGACUCGAAACGCCAAAGGCAAAGUUCUCCUUGUAUUUUUCAGGUAGUUGUAUCCCAAUCAAUCCGAGGUUUCUUGCCACUACCUACACUGGUACAGGUCGUUCAAAAUUAUAUAUAAUUAUUAUACACAUUGGGCACGGUUUAUCAUCCAUAAAAGAAUCUUUUUACAAAAGGAAUGUCACACAAAAUAUCUACAAUCUCAGAAAUAGCGAAAAUGAUUUAACCCUUCUAAAACCUAGAACAGAGUAUCUAUAAGAAGAAGCUUUAAGUACAGCGGCGCCAUGUUAUGGAAUAACCUUUCGUCUGCAGCUAAAUCGACGGAUACUCUCGAUUGCUUUAAAAGAGAGAUAUGUGCAAGCUAGAGGAAGAUUCUGUGCUACUCGUGCUAAACUAACUCUUGAGUCUUGUAUAUAGUAUUUUUAAAUUGUACUUUUUAACUUAAUUAUUUUCUUUGUAUUUUUUGUGUGACGCCCCUCGUGGAAAUCAGCACUAUGUUGACGAGGCUAGCGUUUUAAAUAAAGUUUUUACCUACCGUCGUCUCGAGCCCCGUUUUAAGAAACGAACUUUUACUUUCAGGCUAUGGUGUACAAACGCAUUGCGGCAAAAAUUGCAAGCAAGUUACGAUGGUGAAAUGGAUGAUGCAAGGUUUGUGGAUAAAACUACAAGUAAUAUCUGCAGUAUAAAAUACGGUUAUAUAGCCUCGGUUCCAGCCGGUGAGAUUUUGGAGCGCAGCGUUCAAAAGGAAAACUCGCGAUUACAUUUGGUCUGAAAAAUACAAAGCGUCAAAUUGCAAAAGUGCCUGAAGUAAAGAUAGAAAUUGUCCUGCUGUUUUGUUCGGCAUUCGAGAAUAGCUUUACAAAAAGAGACGGUAAGAUUGCUGUGUAACAGUCGCUGACGAAGAGGGAAAUAACUGAUAAUUUUAGCAAACCGGAGAAAUACUAGGAUACAACUUUUCAAACGCCAUUUUGACAAUGUGAAUUAUAACGUAUUAUGUGUAGAAACUCCAAGACAGAAUGAGAAAAAAUAGCUAACAUAUUAAUGUACAAAAAUAUGUUUUACAUGGUACACGUAUAGUAGUUAAGAAUAUGGUGGACGUAAAUGUAUUUAUUAUGUAUAUGAAAGGUAAGACAAUGAUGCUCAUUAAGAUUGGCAGCCUGCAUUAUAGUCAUUAUUUUUUCAAUUUACUUAUAGUAUUUAACACUCCUUAAGUAAUACUUAUAUUUACAGUAUUGUGCAUUUUUAGUACAGUAUAUGCUUAC